GCUGCGACACGCGUCACGCGCCGCUGCCCGCCCCACAGCCGCGGCUCCGGACCACAGAACUGACAGCGAGCUGCCGGCUGCUGCCAUGCCGCCCCCGCACCACGCCUCUGACACGAGGGCGUUGCGCACUGGCACGCUGUGGCUGCUCUUCUUCCUAGUGCUGCAGCCCACCGCUGCUUUAGCACAGCACGAAGAGGAUCCGGAGCAGGAUGAAAAUAAAUCCAUCGAUUCGUGGUUUGGUCCAGACCUCAGGCUAAUGUACAAGGUGGUGUCGGAAUGCAGCCGCCACUCCGACCUGUGGCUGUGCCUCAAGCUGAAGGCGCUGUGGACGCUGGAGCGUGCGAGGACCGCGGCCGGCCCGCUGCCGCUCACCAGCUACCUGUCACUGGCUCCAGACCCGGCGGACGCAGAAUCCGACGCCUCAGACGCGCCGCCGCCUCCAGACACCGAGGCUCAGCUGGAGGAGCAGCUACCGCGGGAUUUAGACCAGAAGCAGGCGCGGGUCGACGCCCUGCUGGUGCAGAGCGCUGACCGCCUGUUGCGAUCGCGCGCCCUGCAGAUCACUUUGCCGGCGAGCGUCUUUGAAGGGAGAGGCAAGAAGAAGGACAAGUACGGCGGCAUGCUGCUGGCGGCAGGGGCGGCAAUGGCGGGCAUGUUCCUGCAGGUGGCCAUGGGCAAGAUCGCGCUGCUCGCGGGCAAGGCGCUGCUCGUCGCCAAGGUGGCGCUCGUGCUCUCCACCGUCAUCGGCCUCAAGAAGCUCGUGGGCGGCGGCGGCGGCGGCGGGGGCGGUGGUGGCGACCACCAGGUGAUCUACGCAGCCGACGGCCAUGGCGGUGGUGGUGGCGGGUGGAGGCGGCGCAGCUUCCGUGAGGACCCGCACGUGCUGGCGUACAGUGCUCAAGAGCCAGUCGGACCUGGUGGCGAGGAGGAGCGGCGGGAAGACGGGCUCGCUGACGGCCAUGUGGAAGACGACGUGGCUGGCGACUCCGAUGGUGGUGUGGCUGCUGGUGCGGCGGGUGACCGUGACCGGAACAACAGCGUGAGCUAAGAACUGUGUGUGUAAAUAACUCACGUCGCCUGCCUACUGCCACUUACAGCAGGUCACGCUUACGUCUUCUGCGGUAGCUUUCCACACAGUGGGUGAAAACGCCGUUAGGUUCAGGAUACCAUGUUAAUAAUAACGUCGCAAACAGUACAGAACUCAAGGCAUAUUUAAAACCAGAGAAUUUCAAAGUUAACUCUUCUAACUGCUAGCCACAACAAAAAGGUGGAGUACUAGGUGCUUAACUAAAUCUUAUACAGAUAGAUGCAUUUAUGAUUUACACACAACAGAGUAAAACAGCUUUAGGAGAGGAAGACUUUGGGUAAAACAAAACAGCUAUUUCAUUUCUUUGAAGAAUCAUUACCUACCGUAAGUAUCCUCUACUGUACACGAUUUACAUCUCAAACGGAAACGUAUAUAGUUGUUCAGAGUCAAUACGAAGACUGUACAGCUACAGCAGUGCUUAUUUAUUUAUUUAUUUAUUAUGUAUUUUAUUUAUCUAUUUAUUUAAUUACACAACUGACACGCAGCCAGGCGUCCAGUUAGAAACACACACACACACACACACACACACACACACACACACACACACACACAC